GCAUCUUUUCACUCGUGAGUAUAGGCAGGAGUGAAUAUAGGCAGAUUAGAAAGUCAAGAAUUAAGAUCAAAUUCUUCCUUAAUAAAUAUAAAAGUAAAUUUUUGAUUUUAAUUUGUAAAUGAAAAAGAAUCAAUUAGCGAGUGGUAAAGUUUCAAGUUUAAUUUGAAUAUGUGGACGAUUUUGGAGAAGUUUACUGAACAGGUGACGAAGUACAGCACUGUAUUUGGACAACUAUGGUAUCUCAUUGUGUUCGUGUUUCGACUCAUUGUGGUUGUUACUUUAGGUUCAGCUGUGUACGGAGAUGAGCAGUCCAACUUUAAAUGCAGUACAACUUCAGGCGGUUGCCCAAACGCCUGUUUUGAUGCCUUUACUCGAGUUUCUCAUUUACGUUUCUGGUCGUUUCAGCUAUUGGCUUUGUCCGCACCGGUUGCCGUUUUCCAUUUCUACACCACGUACAUGAGUGGACAAAUCGAGAAACUACGGGUUGCCGAAAAGGAAAUGGAAGAAAACAAUCCUGAAACCGACCCUGUGAAAAACCAACGGGAGAUGAUAAAGCGAACUAAAAUAGUCGGGAAAGUGAAGACAAGGCAAGUUUACAGCAAAGGGGUUCUCCAAAAGGUUCCAAUCACAAAAUCAAUCCACGUUGCAUACUAUGUCACUACGAUUCUGAAGUGCGUAACGGAAGCUGUCUUCCUCUAUUUGGGAUUUACGCUGUAUUACAAUAAGGACCACACCUGUUUUCCUAACUGUGCUCCUGUAUCGCCGGUAGCUUUUAUUUGGAUGGAAUUUCCGUCAUUCUUUCGCUGCGACAGGUCCACUAACUCAGUUGCGCUAGCUUGUGCACAACACUUUAUUGGUUAUCGACCAGGGGAAGGUGGUUCUGUUCCUUGCUGGACAUCAAGGGCAUGGGAAAAGACUUUAUUUCUGCGAUAUAUGAAUAUCUUAAGUACCAUUUGCUUUCUACUUGCUGCACUAGAGUUGAUAUGGGUACCUGUUAGGGCAGUUUGGACCAACGUUUCUGAAUCUAAAAGGAGAGCCAGUUGGUAGCAGUUCCAAAACCAUGCUGCCGUAUCCGAUAGAAGAACACAGAGCAUAAGAUGACACUUCGGUUGGAACUGUACAGUCAUAAAGAUACCGUAUUUCUAAACACGUGAAAAAUCACUGCCAAGGUUUGAGCUGCCUUGACUUUUACCAUUAGCGUUAAACGCUGGGCUUACUAAACGGUUUUACCUGCGAAAGUGUACAUAUAGUAUUGUAUUUACUUGCGAAAAUUUGCAUGUGGUAAUAUAUUUCUUUAAAGUGUUGUCAAUUAAUUAAGGUACAAUAGUACUAAUUCGUGGUAUCACUCAAAAACCGUCAUGUAUUUUGAAUUUGGAAAUAUUGGGCAAUAUAUGCUUAAGGGUCUCAUUUCCCCCCACUCUACUAAAUAUGCAUAUAGGAACUUGUAUAGACAUUAUGAAUUUGCUGUAUAAGCUUACAAUUCAAUUCCAGAAUAUGUAAAGUACUAUAAAGUAAGGUACCGUUAGCACCCAAAUCCCAUAUUUCCUGCUGGUCGUGUAUUUAACAAUUCACAGCGCUGCUUUUGACUCGCGUAAGCUCCGUUACAUAUUUUUGUAAAUACUCUUUGUUUAUACUAAAUCAAAACAGAAAAUGAAAAUGUCCAAAAAAAAAUCUUUCUUCGACCUACUAUAUCUUUUAAAUUUAUUAUGUUUAUGAAAAAAGUGUGGCACAUUUUUUUUAUUUUGGCAUUGCAUUGUAAAACAAAAAAAAACAUGUGCAGUUUUUCAAUUUUCUUUACAAUUGUGUAUUAGUUACCAUACUGCCUAUAUACGUUUAACAAACCGAGUCUUUGUGAUUCGCUUCUUACUUUUCUAAGAACACAUAAUACUGUAAACAUGCGCAGUUUAUUUGGCGAACGUACAAACGAAUGCAUUUGUAAUAUUUUUAUCAAGUAUUUAUUUCUUUUAUCGGCAGUAUAUACUACAUAGCAUCAUACAUCCUUGUACAAGUUAACGCAAAUUAUUAAUUGUUGUACACUGUUCUGUAAAAGUUUAAGUUUAAAACACAGUCAUUGCGGGUUACUGUAUAUGCAAAUACAUUGUUCAUUUGGUGUAAC